UGGAGUAUUGUGAUGUUUUUAUCAGCUGUUUAGACUCUCAUUCUGACGGCACCCAUUCACAUCCAUUGGUGAGCAAGUAAUGUAUUGCCACAUUUCUCCAAAUCUGAUGAAGAAACAAACUCAUCUACAUCUUGGAUGUCCUGAGGCUUUUCACCUAACAAAAUCUGAUGGACUGGAUGUUUUUAUGAGCUGUUUGGACUCUCAUUCUGACGGCACCCAUUCACUUCCAUUGGUGAGCAAGUGAUGUAAUGCUACAUUUCUCCAAAUCUGAUGAAGAAAUAAACUCAUCUACAUCAUGGAUGGCCUGAGGGUUUGCUCAUGAUGUCAACCUUUCCAUCUUCUUCCUCCAAAAGUCUGACCUCCACCCCGCUCAAGUCCAGACCCAGCGGCUUGGGCAGCGUCCUGCAGCGUAGCAGGAGUUUGGAGUCCACAGGAGACUCGACGUCCUCUCUGCUGUCUCCUAUUUAUCAUGACAGCUUUGAGCUUUCAGAGGACGAACCAGAGUCAGAUCAGCCUCAACCUGUUCACAACAUCACCGUCACGUUAGGUGAAGACGUCGCACCAGGUUCUCCAUCAAGACUUGUUUGCAGGAAUAAGGUGGACACAACAGGCCUGGAAGACAGAUCGUCCGCUAUGCAGUUCAACCUGAGUGCUUGGGAGCAGUGGAUUGUGGAUAAAGCCAAAGAGGAGCGUAUCAGAAAUCAACAAAAAGCUAUGGAGGAGCUCACUCUGAAGGAAAAACAGAAAGAGAAGGAAAAAGAACAGCAGAAAAAGAAAGUUGUCAGUGACUGCAAAAUUCAAGAGUGGCUGCAAAUGAAAAGAGAACAGGAAAAGAAAGAGAGAAUGUCCAAAGAGUUUCACAAAAGUAAAGAACAGCUUCAAGAGGAGAAAAGACGUGCUGAGAUUGAAAAGAAAGCCCAUGAGAAAUAUAAGGAGUGGCUGCGAAAGAAAAAGCAAGAAGAAAUGGAAAGAAUACUAAAAGAGAAGGAAGAGGCAGCCAGAAGAGAAGCGGAAGAGAGGGAACGCAAAGAAAAGGCAGAGGAAAGCUUUAAAGAAUGGCUUGAAGGUGUGAAAACAAAAGGAAAACUGAGCCGACAAUCAUCAGCAUCCUCAGUUGGCAACUAUAACAAUGUGAACUAUCCAGCUCCGAGUUUCGUCAAUCCCAUUCCCUGGAAACCCAUUCAUGUCCCACAGCAAGAGCGAACGCCCAGGAAAAGUUCGGCCCGUAAGAGAACGCCAGGACCACCAAAGAGCCAAUCGACCCCCUGUCUCGCAUACAGGCCAAAAGACACGAUCAGUUUUGCUUGUAAAAGACGGUAACACUGACCUCUGCUGGUCUGAGUCCAGUAUUAUCUCUUCUAAAGACUUGCAGCAUUUUUGUAAAGGAAGUAUUUUACUUUCAAAAGACUCAUUCCAUGUGAUGACAUUUGGCAUGAGCGAAGAUCCAGCAGGA